AAUUUUAUGUCACUAAAAACCCUGAGAAAGGUGCAAAGAAUUAUUUUUCAAGAAAAAAUAUACAAAAGAAAAUUCAAGAGGAGGCUGAAUUAGACGCCGAAGGAUUCGACAUAAUCAUUGCGACGGGUAAGCGAAGCUCUUUAAAGAGAAUGAGUAGUGGUGUUCGAAGGAGUGGUAGCGUAAUAAUGGGCGAUUUCGGUUACGUAAAUAAUUCUAUCGGAUACGGUGGAUUUAGCGGUUACGACAAUAUAGAAAGUAUUAAUUAUGGUGGAUAUGGAAACCCUAGGGAAGGUGAAGAGAUAAAGGGCCAGGAUGUAUAUAGCGAGGAUCAAACAAGAUCUACAACAAGCAAACUACACAGAAAUA